AUGAUACGUCUCGGAGAGUUUUUGCAUGGUGCCACUUCGGUGCCUGGCACCCUUGCCUGUGUCGUCAUGCCGUGGGUGUUGCUGCUGUUGUAUCUCGCGUACUACUAUUACAGGCGGCCACGGGAGCUGUCCGCGUCCGCCGUUGCCCCUUUUGUUCUUUUCAUGGACUACUUAACCGAUGGCGCAACGGCGGGAUACGACAAGCCCCUCAUGAGUCUCUUCCAUCCCGAGCUGCUCGGCAACGUUGUGGAGCGCGGCUUGGUGCGGGCGAUGGUGCGUUGUCUCUGUAAGCGUCUGGGGAAAGUGACGCACAUUCCACGCGAUACUGCCAUGAUUAAGAGUAAAGGCAAUCAAGUCAACUUUGUUGCACUCGUGGACUUUCAGUGCGCCAAGCAGGUUAAGUGCCGUAUGUCGUGGGUAUGGUGCCCGCCGAAGGAGCUGCUGCACACAAAGACCGGCUUCAUGCGACGUUUUUACGUCACCGGUUUUCGUGUGGAGCCGCAGCAAGGCGAGGACUUUGAUGUGUUGGAGUUCCUUCGCACAGAGGACUUCGUGCCGUACGCGGAGCGUUUUGUGGAGGGGCUGUUCGAGCGGCCACCGCGGGCAGCGGUGGGGAUGAUGAUACCGGCGCUGCAAAAGCGCUACGUGGAUGACUUAGAGAAGCUGCAGCAAAGCAUACAGCACGUUAGUGGGGCGGCCCCUGAUGGGGCGGUGGAGGUGAACGCAACACUCAUGAGCGAAGAGAUCGUGCGGGCCCCUGCCUCAGCGGAGCCUGCUGCAGGUGCUGAGGACGGUGCGAUGCAGGGGAUUGAAAUGCGCUUUCUCGUGAGCGGCGUCGGCCGCCGAGAAGUGGAAGUGACUGUGUCGCUCGUGUUCGCCGAACUUCGCUGCUUCGUGAACCGCUACGAGGUGCGUGCGAGGCCAGACACACGGGUGCAGGUGGUGCUUGACCAUGACACUGGGGAAAAGACAAUUGUGGCGUGA